AUGAGCAACGCAGGCUCUCGUCACAGCGGGCUCGGCACCGACGUCUCCCGCUUCUCCGAUUCUGAGAACGAAGAACAGUCGCCCGGCGCCUCGCUCAAGUCCCCCUCGGACAACAUCUUCUCGGGCGUCUACCGUGGUAUCAAGAAGAGCAGAGACGACAUCGCGAAGCUCGCCCGUCAGCCAUCCCAGCUUGGGCUGAAAUCCUUUUCCUCCUUCCGAUCCGCCCCCGCGAACCAACAUGCUCGCAACCUGAGCCUGCAAAACAGCCUCGAGAAACCCUUGCCGCCAGAGCCCCAGCCCGGAUCGACAUAUUCAUCCCAGCCCGGCUCCCCCUUGACCCCGACUCCCACCUCGCAGGCCCAAGCUGGCAGCAUCGACGGCCUUGUGCAACAAUCGCGACCAAAAUUCGAGCGAACAAAUACCAUGGACUCGAUGAAUUCCAUGACAUCCGUCUCGUCAGUAGAAAUGCCACAGAUGAGGGCCAACCAGAGGAAACAGCCUGGCGACCUGAGCCUAAGCAGUAGUUUUGCCAGCUUGGCCAGCCAGUCUACACAGGAAGACCCUCGGGAAAGGGAGACCACAACACCUCGAAGUGCCGGCCCCCAGUCCGCAGGACCUUCGCCCCAGGUUGCCCAGACCAGAACUCCCGUCAUUGGCCCUGCCGUCGGAACUCCCUCGUCUUCGGCCCCGCACCCCUCGGGUUUGAUGUGCAACGUACACAGAACGACGGGGCGCGAGCCACACCCGCUAGUGGGAGCAACCACAACCGUGCUAGGGGACAAGCUGUACGUCUUUGGAGGCAGGAUACUUUCGCGGAGCCGCCCCGCACCCCUGACGGCGGAUCUCUACGAGCUAGACCUGAUUAGGCGACAUUGGACGAAGCUCGAGACCACCGGAGAUGUUCCGCGGCCGCGAUACUUCCACUCAAUGUGCGCGCUGGGCGACACGAAGCUUGUCUGCUAUGGGGGUAUGUCGCCCAUGCAGACCUCGUCUAGCCCAUCUGCUCAGGAUGGAUCCCCCGAGGUUACAGUCAUGUCGGACGUUCACAUUUACGAUGUUGCUACCAAAAAAUGGACCUUCAUUCCCACCCCAGACGCCCCCCAAGGGCGAUACGCACACUGUGCAUGCAUUCUGCCAUCUUCAGCUGCUUUUUCGUCACAUCGGGCAUCCUUGUCCGCAUUACAACACAACCCAUCCACCGGUGCCAAUGAGGGGAGGAUUGGCAUCAACAUCGAUGGCACAGGUGGCGCCGAGAUGAUAAUCGUUGGAGGCCAGGACGGAAACAACCACUACAUUGAGCAAAUCAGUGUAUUCAACCUGAGGAGUCUAAAGUGGACCUCGACGCAGCCACUCGGGAAGCAAUGCGGUGCCUAUAGAAGUGUCGUCGCGCCGUUGCCGGUGUCGGUCACGGCCAAGAUUGGGCAGACCAGCUUGACUUCGAUGAAGCAAAGGCAAGACGGGGGCAUCAGCCAAGAGGCUCGCGAGCCAGGCUCUUCGAUGCUCAUCUACUCGAAUUACAACUUCCUCGACGUCAAGCUCGAGCUUCAGAUCCGGGCGAGCGACGGCAGCUUGACAGAGAGGUCCAUGUCUGGAGCAUAUACGCCGCCUGGACUUCGUUUCCCCAAUGGCGGUAUCAUCGACACACACUUUGUUGUUAGCGGCACGUACCUGACCUCAUCAAAACAAGAAUACGCGCUAUGGGCGCUCGACCUCAGGAACCUGACCUGGUCUAGAAUUGAUGCCGGCGGCAGCGUCUUUAGCCAGGGCAGCUGGAACAGAGGAGUCCUGUGGAACAGGAGAAACACGUUUGUAAUUCUGGGUAAUCGUAAAAGAAGUUUGGUGGACGACUACAACCACCGGCGGCUCAACUUCUCCAACGUGUGCAUGGUCGAACUGGAGGCGUUUGGCUUUUACGACAACCCCAGGAGAACGUCGCCAAUGUCGGGAUUCGUCUCGGCAAGCAGUCCCUAUACAAGUCCUGGCUUGAGCCUAGCCCGGAAGGCAGGCUGCACGGCAGGAGGUCGCUUCCACUCCCGAGCAUCUGAAGAGUUGGGCGAAAAGGCACUCGUACUACGGGAGCUUGCCGACAUGGAUAUCCUGUGCAUCGGCGGUGAGCGCAUUCCUGUUAACAGCCGUAUCGUGGCUCGAAGAUGGGGCCCGUACUUUGUGCAACUUCUACGCGAGGGAACAGCAACACAGGACGGGGGCGAUAUCUCAACUCUGCGCACCGCUGGCCACGGUAUGCGAUCGAAUUCUGUCAGCACCAUGAUACAACCCAACAGCCGCAACACCAUGGAAAGUACCAUGUCUAUGACAAAUUCCAUGGCUUCGGGUUCAAGCAACGCUAGCAUGAAGCCACCGAGCACGGCUGCGACAAGCGUUUCUGGCAGCAUGAUGAGUCCCCAUGGUGUUGCCAUCGAUCCCACAACAGUCAACACGGCACCGACGCCACGGACGCUACCGCCGAGCUCACGUCCCAGGUGCAUGUACCUCCCGCACACUUACCUGACCAUCCAGGCUUUGUUACACUACUUGUACACCAGCAGUCUCGCACCGCCAAGCUCCCCCUUGUGCACGCCGCAAAUCCUAUGUAGUCUGCUGCAGAUUGCUCGGCCGUACCGGAUUGAUGGGCUCCUUGAGGCUGUUAUCGAAAGGCUGCACACCCUUCUCGAUAGCAGAAACGCAGCCGCCGUAUUCAACGCCACUGCCAUGGCAGCUGGUGGUGGGCGCGGCAUCGACGGAUCGUUGAACCCCAACUUCUUCGUGCCCAUCGGCGGGUUGGAGACGCUCAGCCCAACUACCGACUCUUCCGGCGAAAUGGGCGGCAAGCAGUCGUCCGACUCGCAACAAAUGAGUCGUCUCAACACUGCAACGCCGACGGCGGGCAAUAGACCCGAGAGUGCCGAGAUGUCAGCGACGGCCAGCGUAUCGGGUGGCAGCGAAUGGAGCUCCGAGAUGGGUGAAGACAGCGACCGCGGCGGCAGCGGGACGGCGAGAGAGGUCUGGAAUGGUGAGCUCAGCAGUGUCAUUGGGCUACAGAAGCGUGGGCUCAGAGGUUUGAUGGAAGGCCGGCGGAUGAGGGAUAGGGCGGGAACGACCAGUACCGUUGCUGUCAGCGGGAUGGAGAGAGAAAGGACCGGCAGCGUUGCCAACGUUGGUGCCGGUCGAAACGGUGCCGGGUUGGGUCUGGGUAUCGCCGGUGGUAACUAG